CGCUGACGAUCUUCUGCUCUUGUCACCUCAUGAAGAGGGGCUACACCAAAGCCUCUCGCUUUUAGAAGAUUACAGUAGAGACUGGGCCUUACCAAUAAACAUGGAGAAAUCCAAAAUUAUCAUCUUUCAGAAAAAACCUCGGCUUACUGACAAAAAAUAUAGUUUCACAAUCGGGGGAACACUUCUUAAUCAUGUGACGUGUUAUAAUUAUUUGGGUCUCACUAUCUCAGCUUCUGGUCAGUUUGACCUGGCAAUAAAACAUCUGACUGAUAAGGCACGCAGGGCUUAUUACACUAUUAGAAAAUCUUUGUUCAAAUUCAACCCACCUAUUAAAUUAUGGCUAAAAAUCUUCGACAGCAUCAUCAAACCCAUUCUUCUAUACGGUUGUGAGAUCUGGGGCCCCAAAUUUAAAUUAAACUACACAUCGUGGGAUAAAAGACCCACUGAAAUGUUCCACCUGGAGUUCUGCAAGAACAUCCUGGGACUUCACAGAAACGCCCCUAGUCUCGGCUGCAGGGCAGAACUGGGCAGAUUCCCUCUUCUAGCAGAGAUCCAGAAGAGAACAGCCAAGUUCUGGUUCCAUCUAUCAGACACACGGACAGAUGAUUACCAUCACUGCGCUCUUAUGUACAGGACAGGACACCCAGAGAGUGACCCCACGCACUAUUUAGUGGAAAAACACCAACUCAGCUCAACCAUUCAAUUAAGACACGCAAAAGUUAAAGAAAUUGUAAAACUAACCCAGGAAGAAUACAUCUAUGAUUGGCAGGUCAAAGUAGAACAAAUUAACAAAUUAAAAUACUUCUAUAGAUUAAAGACUGGCUAUCAAUUGGCACCUUACUUGAUCAAAAUUAAAGACUAUAGUAAGAGAAAGCUCCUGACGAAGUAUCGUCUGAGUGAUCACCGUCUGUGUGUGGAGACGGGCCGACACAAACACAGCUGGAGAGAGAGAGAGUGUGUGUGUGUGUGUGUGUGUGUGUGUACGGGCCGACACAAACACAGCUGGAGAGAGAGAGAGCUCCGACUGUGUCCUCACUGCACAGAGAGACUCGUAGAGGACGAGCUGCACUUCCUCACACACUGCAGCAAAUAUGAACACAUUAGAGACAACUACUUUACCCAAAUAGCUCAAAUUGUGCCAGAAUUCAGGCAAGCAAGCGACAUUGACAAACUCAGUUAUAUUUUGGGAGAGAAAGAGAAGUGUGUCCAGCUCGCAGCGCAGUAUGUGUCCUCCUGUCACAUCAUGAGGGACAAAAACUAAACUCCUGUACUUAAGCAAUGCUCUCUGUAAAUAUUUACCCUGUAUUCACUUUUU